AUGUGUGUGUCCUCCCGCAAGCGCGCCCGCACCGCCAGCGAAGGCGAGGAGGAGGGCGAGGCUGUGCCAGUCGCGGGUGGCUUCGAGGCGCCCAUCUUUGGCGCGCGCGUCGUCGGCCAGGUCACCACGCUGGCGCUCGAGGGCGAGGACGGCCCGCUGUUUGCCGUUGCAAGCGAUCGCGCGGGCGGCUGGUACGUCACGACAGAGCACUCGCUGCUGCAUGUGUCGGCGGCCGGGCGCAGCCGCACCGUCGCGACCUGCGAGGAUUGCCGCCGCCGCACCGUCGCGACCUGCGAGGAUUGCCGCCGGCCGGGUAUUGCUCUCAGCCCCGACGGUAGCGCGCUGUUUUUGGCGGACAACGGCAACCACAAGAUCCUGCGGGUGGAGGUGGCGACUGGCGCUGUGACUAUGCUCGCGGGCAGCGGCGAACAUGGCGACGCGGACGGUGUGGGCGACGCGGCGCAGUUCAACGCCCCAUACGGCGUCACCAUCAGCCCCGACGGCGGCGCGCUGUUUGUCCCCGAUGGCAGCGUGCUGUUUGUGGCGGACUUCGGCGGCUACACGAUCCGGCGGGUGGAGGUGGCGACUGGCGUGGUGACGACUGUCGCGGGCAGCGGCGCCGAAGGCAGCGCUGAUGGCGUGGGCGGCGCGGCGCAGUUCAACAGCCCAAUCGGCAUCGACGUCAGCCCCGACGGCAGCGCACUGUUCGUGGCAGAGUUCUGGAACCACAAGAUCCGGCACGUGGAGGUGGCGAGGGGCGCGGUGACUACGCUCGCGGGCAGCAGCACUGCUGGCAGCGCUGAUGGCGUGGGCGGUGAAGCUCAGCUCGACAACCCAGUCAGCGUCGCCCUCAGCCCCGACGGCAGCACUCUUCUGCAUUGA